AUGAAGCCACCCACAUCCUCCUUGCUGAGGUUCCUCUUCCUCCUGGCUGCUCCGCUUGUCUCUCAGGCUGCCUCUGAUUCUUCUGCUCCCAAGGAUGGCCUCUCUCCCUGCGUCGUUCGCUCUCCCACGACCGGCCUAUUCUACGAUCUCAACACCAUCUCCUUAUCUCCGCCCCCAGUAGACGGGGACAAACCGCGCAAAGGCGCCCGAGACGAGAGUUGGCACGCCAGAGGACACGAUUACAAUGCCAACUUUACGUUAAAUAUCUGUGCGCCUGUGGUCGAAGAUAUCAAGGAUGUGGUUGGAGUGGACCGCGCAAGGUGGAGGAAUGUUAGCGCCUACUACGAGAGGGAGGGUAAAGUCUACUCCAUUGGUCAACAAGCAUCAGACCCCUUCUUCCGCGGCCGAAAGCUGGUUAUGAACUAUACCAAUGGCUCCCCUUGUGCCGGCGACUACAUCGGAAAUGCCGCCCGCACCAAAUCUACCAUCAUGUCGUUCCUUUGUGAGCGCGAUACCCCUGCCUCUCAAGCGACAGUCUCCUUUGUCGGCACCAUGGACCAGUGCACAUACUUUUUCGAGGUUCGAAGCUCUGCCGCUUGUGGCGCGACCGCGCCCACACCGGAUAACCCGGGUCUUUCGCCAGCCGGCGUUUUCGGCGUAAUUGCCUUGAUUGCCGUGGCGGCGUACCUGGUCGGUGGUUGCGCAUACCAACGAACUGUUAUGCACCAGCGCGGUUGGAGACAGUGCCCGAACUAUAGUCUUUGGGCGGGAAUGCUCGACUUCAUCAAAGACAUGAUCAUUAUCCUCUUCUCCUCCCUGGCCCGCCUCCUCCGCCUAAAACGCUCCCCAACUCUCGGCCACGGUCACACCCGCGGUAACAGCGUCAACCACCGCGGCAGUUUCGGCCGACGAGGCAGUGACGUGGAUGCCGAAAAUCGACUGAUAGAUCAGUUAGAUGAGGAGUGGGAGGAUUAA